AUGGCGCGCCAACAAGUCUACGGGAAGCGCUCGCGAGCCACAUUUGAUCCGCGAGCAGCAGCAUCAUACUCCAGCCCGACACAUGCACCACCGGAACCGAACCCUACGAAACCCGACGUCGCGGUGAGGAAGAUUGUUUUGGACGAUGCAGAACAAGAGGACCAGGUCCAGGUCAAGGAUGCGGAGAAGGCGGACAGAAAGGCAAGACGUGCACUGGGAGAGCGGAAUGCCAAUUCUGUGGUGCGGCCGGUGGAGAUUGUGACAUUGGGUACUCCGAAGAAGACCAAGACGCCAAAGAAGAGCAAGAGACCCAAGGAGCAGCAGGAUGAACAACAGCGUGAGGAUAUCGUCGCGACGACCAUUGCUGUCGUCCUCGUCAGUUCAAAAGUCGACGAGGAGGGAAGCGAAAAUGUCAAGACCAAGAAGCCAAAGUCGAGACGAAAGGACGAGGCAAGGGAAACUGAGGACUUGGACCCCGACGUCGAAGCCGAAGCGUUGAGGCAGGCCAAACAACAGAGAAGAGAAGCCAGAGCAGCAAAGAGACAACAAAAAGAACAGAAGCUACGAGAUGCCGAGCUGGAAUCUCAGCAAAUAGUGUUGCCUACGGACGAUGAUGUUGUCCAAAUCCGCGACGAGGAAGCCCAACAACCAACACCACCGCUCGACCUCUCCGACCCAUACCAAUCACAUUGUUCAUCCCUCUUACACCUCUCUUCACAUCCGCUUACACCAUUCUCAUCAUGGUCCGCCGAAAUCUCGGAGCAUUUCACCGUCACAAAGAUAGCCGAAGCCUCCUUUGGCGAGGUCUACCGACUUUCCCUUCAAAUCGUCCUCCCCGACUUUGACAGAUCUGAUGAGUCCGUCUUUAAAGUCAWCGCCCUCCGACCGCCGGAGUCAACCUUCCCAAAAGGCAAGAAGCGCAGUGCAGCCCUGAACAAGGCAGAGAUGAUGUCCGCUCCACUCGACGUUGCGAAUGAGGUCAAGCUACUACAACGCAUGUCCUCCAUCCCUGGAUUCACAAACUUUCGCGACUUGAGGAUCGUGCAAGGACGCCCUCCUGAGGCGUUCGUCGAAGCCUUCCACAAAUUCAACGCCAUCCAAGAAAGUAAGGGCAGGGACCUCAGCCACUUCCCGGACCCCAGCAAAAAGUCAAAUUAUGCAUCCGAUCAGCUUUGGGCCGUGAUUGAAAUGCAAGAUGCUGGAACCGAUCUCGAGCAGUUGGUUGAAGUGGGAACUUGUGCUCCAAUCUGGGACGUGUGGGAUAUCUUCUGGCAAGUCGUUCUAUCUCUUGCAAAAGGCGAGGAGGGCGCAGAGUUUGAACACCGAGAUCUUCAUCUCGGAAACAUAUGCGUCAGUCGCAAGCAAGAGACCAAGAGCAUGCAAGUCGAUGUGAAGAAGAAGCUGGGCUUCACCGGAUUGGAGACCACCAUCAUCGACUACACCAUCUCCCGCUGUCGAAUGCAAGACGAUUCAAUCGCGUACUUGGAUCUCGAUCGAGAUAGUACGCUUUUCGAGGGAGAUAGCACUGAAGAGUAUCAAUAUGAUAUCUACAGGUACAUGCGUGGCGUCAUGUACUUGGACUCUGCAUACACCUUCCCCUCCGAAGAUGAAGUCAAGCAGUCGGGAAGAACCUGGGAACAGUUCCAUCCCCAAACCAAUCUGGUGUGGUUGCAUCUGGUGCUCUACAAACUUCUCGAGCAGAUGCAACGGCCUAGCUCGAAAAGAGCUCCGGCGAAAAAGAUGAAGGAGAAGCACAUGCUCUGGAAACGAGCUUAUGAUUUGGAAGUUGUACUGUCCAAGGUUCAAGAACUUCUCGACCCGGAUGCGAUUUGCGAGAAUGGGAUCCGCUCGGCUAGAGACUUGGUCGUGUUGGCGAUUGAGGAAGAGUGGCUGGAUUGCAUGGACGUUGUUGGAGAGGGUGUGGAAGAUGACGAGGACUUGGCUCUGCAGAUGGAAGGUUUGGCAGUCUAG